GCUCUCUGCGGAGCACUGCCGGCGGGCGGUCCGCUGCCGCUGCCGCGCGGCGUCCGCCCGCCUAGGGCUGCCACCGAUGCCAGCUACGCACCACCCGCGCCGAUACAGGCGGCGAGGUUCGAGUCACGAGCUGUCAGCGAGUUGUCUGGUGAUCAACUGCGUGUAGCAUCUCUCCGUAAUGCAACCAACGGGCAGCAUCUAUGUGGAGCAACGCUGCUUACUCAGGAGGUUGCCAGCACUGCCGCGCACUGCGUCCAUGGUACGGGCUACGUGCUUCAGCUGAACAAUUUCUGCGGGAACUCGCCGCGUGCGACAGUCUUGGAAAUAUUUACGCAUGAGCUUUAUGAUAAGUAUUCACGUGCUCACGAUAUUGCUUUGCUUCGAGUAGAACGACUAGAUUUUCCAGGACUUAAUGAAAGCGUGCUACCUGAACAUUCGUUUGGCGCUGGAGGCGAAUGUACAGUUUACGGCUACGGUGUUAAAGACGUGUCCACAUACGAACUGUCCGAGGCUCUAUUGGCAGUCAACGUGAGGAUAGUUCCCCUGGACGAAUGCACGCAAUCCCUGGGGACCUACAUGGCUCCUGAUUUCGACAGCGGAAUGGUAUGCGCUGUCGGGAAUGGCGUCGAUACUUGUGAUGGUGACUCAGGCGGUCCCCUGAUGUGCCAAGGCCAAGUGGAGGGCGUCAGCAGCCACGGACUCGGCUGCGCCGCCCCGGGGGUGCCAGCGGUCUACACCAGUAUUAGGGCGCACUUGGCUUGGAUACAGCGAGUCAUACACAACUGGGACACAUAUACAGGAAGCGGACACAUUUAAUACAGCAGGCUAGGAUACGACACCUAUAUCUGUAAACUCUGCCAUUUCUAUUAAAAAUGUUCUGUCUAUAUUAAGCACUUCACUAUGUACUCAAAAGAGGUAUGAAGUGUUGUGUGUUUAAAAGAAAAGUAAGUAGUAUUUUUACUGGUACAUUAUAGGAAUGGUACCUUGUGGUGGUGGCUACCUUAAAACCCAUACAUAGGAACUUCCAAAUUUAGAUAUUGACCACAUAAAAAUGUGUAGGUAAUGUAGGUAAUAAUAUUUAAAAAAAACGGGAGCUUGCAUACAGAAUCGUACAUUUAUUCGAAUUUUAUACCAUCUGAUAACAUUAAGCCAAAAUACAUACAAUACAAUACCUACAGUAAAGCCAGUAAAGGUAGAAUAAAUUUCGGAGGCAAAUGCCAGAUGCUCAUUUGAUUUUUUAACCUUAACAUAAUUAGUCGUCAUAAAGUUUUUAUUACAAAUAUAUGUAUAUCUAGACAGCUUUUUUUUCUAGUUUAUUUUAUUUGUGUAAAGAUAGAGAAUCGUGUAAACUAAUGUACAUCAGUCAUCACUCAUCUCUUCAGCCUGUUUUAGAUAACAUUUAGCUUUUACCAUGUUUUUACUUAUGUUCUGUACGCCGGCGUUAAAGAGUAAAGACCAAUAUUGCGAUCCUAUUUGUAAGCAAUAACUAUUUUUCGUAUUAAGUAUUCUCUGCGAAAAAAAGAGUAUCUAAUGAAACUACAGUGAUAAACUCAAGAAACUUCGAAAAAGCGCCAGGUUGAUAAUUACCCUAAGAAGGCCUAGCUUUAGAAUAAAUCAGACCAUUAGUAGCACGACACAACACUUAUAUUACUUAUACUUUAAAAACCCGUAUCUAUUCUACAUCUACGCGGUGCAAACAUAACUAUUUACUAUUGAACCAAUUGUCCCUGUAACAUUUUUAUAUAGGUAUUAUAACUUUGAUAUUAUAACUCAUCGAGUUUUCCAAAGCGGAUGUACACUCAUAUCAUGAAUUUUGGUUAUUUAAGUGGUUCAUAGUUAUUAUGACGCAAAUUUUGCAUUGUUUGUAUUUACUGGUAUAUAUCGCUGUCAACUGACGUUACUCAGUUGAAAGUAGUUGUUAUAAAUACAUAUAAUUUGUGUAUAGGUGUGUUCCGAUAACAAUACAUGUUAUUAUAAAAUUAUUAUACUAGUAAUAUAGUACCGAAUAUAAUUUAUCUA